GCUCAAGAAACAAAUUUAGGAUCUAGCUUUGAAGUGUUAGAGGGAGCUAGUAAUAAUUUGAAUGAACAUGAUAAUGAAUCUCAAAACUAUGCUGAUCUGCAAUCUGACGAGUAUACAGAUUUAGAUGAAGAAAUUGAAGAACAAGUUUUUGAUAGGAAGAAUAAAAAUCUAUUAAAGUAUGAAUCAGUCAAUACCCCAGCCAAAAUUACUGAUGCAGUCAAAAAGGAUCAAGCAAAAAAUGUCGUGUCU